AUGGACGGCUCAAUCGACCUCCUCGACGCCUCCUCCGCUCUCGACCUCAACAACAUCCGCUACCAGCUAAUCCGUCUCGAAGACACAAUAAUCUUCCACCUCAUCGAGCGCGUGCAAUUCCCGCUCAACCCCACCAUCUACACCCCCAACGCCAUCCACAUCCCUAACCACACCGGCUCCUUCCUCGACUGGAUCCUGCACCAGCAGGAGCGCAUCCACGCCCAAGUGCGCCGCUACCAGGCCCCCGACGAGUACGCCUUCUUCCCCAGCGACCUUCCCGAGCCCAUCCUCGCACCACUCAAGUGGCCGGUCCUACUGCACCCCAACACCGUCAACGGCAACCAGAAGCUCAAGGAGUCGUACAUCAACCACAUCCUUCCGGCGGCGUGCUCCACCACCGCGGCCGACGACCACGGUGAGACACGGGAGAACUAUGGCAGUACGGCGGUGAGUGAUGUGGCCUGCCUGCAGGCGCUGUCGAGGCGGAUCCACUUUGGCAAGUUUGUGGCGGAGGCGAAGUUUAGGGAGGACCCGGAGAAGUAUGCGAAGAUGAUUCGGGAGAGGGAUGUGGACGGGCUGGAGAGGGCGAUUACGAAUGAGGCGGUGGAGAAGCAGGUGUUGAAGAGGUUGGAGUUGAAGGCGAGGACGUAUGGGACUGAUCCGAUGGCGGAGAAGGAGGGUAUUAAGGGCGGAGCGGCGCCGAAGAUUAAUGUGGAGGCCGUGGUGGCGAUGUAUAAGGACUAUGUUAUUCCACAAACAAAGGAGAUCGAGAUCGAGUAUCUCCUGCAGCGACUCGACGGAUUGGAGGAGGAGCCAAAGGCGAAACAAACCAAUGGAACCUCUACGACUACCUAG